CGGUGGGGGUGGUUCCCGCGCCUGCUUCAAAUGUGGUGAGGAAGGCCACAUGUCCAGAGAAUGCCCAUCAGGAGGUGGAGGUGGUGGCGGUGGUUCCCGUGCUUGCUUCAAAUGUGGUGAGGAAGGCCACAUGUCCAGAGAGUGCCCUAAGGGAGGCGGGGGUGGUGGUUCCCGUGCCUGCUUUAAAUGCGGAGAAGAAGGUCACAUGUCCAGAGAAUGCCCAUCGGGAGGUGGAGGUUCAUCAGGAGGUGACCCUCACGUUCCUGGAUUUGGAAGAGGGAGAGGACGAGGGGGUGGAUUUGGAAGUAAGUCGGGAGGUGGAUUUGGAGGUAGCUCAGGCGGAGGUGGAUUUGGAAGAGGUGGAGGAGGAUUUGGCUCCAAGAGUGAUGAUGAUGCACCUCGUGGUGGUGGCUUUGGCGGAGGCGGUGGAUUUGGAGGUGGUGACAACAUAGGAGAUGGUGAUAAGAAAUCUGGCUGUUUCAAGUGUGGAGAAGAAGGACAUUUCUCUAGAGAGUGCCCCAAAGCUGCAGAGAUUGAUGCUGACCGACCUGCACCCUAUGUCCCCCCACCACCACCAGAAGAUGAGGAGGCCAUUUUUGCAUCCAUGGUCAAGGGUAUCAACUUUGACAAGUAUGAUGAUAUCCCUGUUGAACUAACUGGUAAUAACAACACUGUGAAGCCUAUUACUAUGUUUGAGGAAGCUAAUCUCUAUGAAGCAUUUGCUGCUAAUGUUAAGAAAGCAAAAUAUGACAGACCUACUCCAGUUCAGAAGUAUGCUAUUCCUGCAAUCCUGGGUGGUCGAGAUGUUAUGGCAUGCGCACAGACUGGUUCAGGAAAAACUGCUGCCUUUCUGCUACCAGUAUUGACUGCAAUGAUGAAUGCAGGUCUUGAGAGCAGUUCCUUUAUGGAGACUCAAGAACCUGCUGCACUUGUUGUAGCCCCAACAAGAGAGUUGGCAGACCAGAUUUAUAAAGAGGCAUUCAAGUUUGCCCGAGGGACUAUGUUGAGGCCUGUUGUCAUAUAUGGAGGCACUUCUGUUGGCUACCAGGCUGGAGAGGUCCGUAAAGGCUGCAACCUGCUUGUAGCAACUCCAGGUAGACUGCUUGGAUUUAUAGAGCAGGGAAAGGUCAGCAUGAAGGCUCUUAAGUUCCUGAUUCUUGAUGAAGCUGACAGAAUGUUAGACAUGGGAUUUGAACCAGAAGUGAGGAAAUUGGUUGAGCAGUGUGGCGUUCCUGCUAAAUCUGAUCGCCAGACACUUAUGUUUAGCGCUACCUUCCCUGAAGAAAUUCAGAAACUCGCUUCAGAUUUUUUGAAUGACUAUCUGUUUUUAACUGUGGGUGUUGUCGGAGGUGCCUGUAAUGAUGUGGAACAGAAGUUCUUUGAAGUGACCCAGUUCAACAAGCGAGACAAGUUGGUGGAGAUUCUCAAUGAAUCGGGAACAGAUAGGACACUUGUGUUUGUGGAGCAGAAGCGAAAUGCUGAUUUCUUGGCGUCAUACCUGUCUCAAACUGGAUUCCCUACUACCAGUAUUCAUGGGGAUCGUCUGCAAAGAGAGAGAGAAGAGGCUCUGAGAGAUUUCAAGUCUGGCAGUGCUCCCAUCUUAGUGGCUACAAGUGUAGCUGCCAGAGGUCUGGAUAUCCCAGGGGUGAAGCAUGUCAUCAACUAUGAUCUACCUAAAGGUAUUGAUGACUAUGUCCAUCGGAUUGGAAGGACGGGUCGUUGCGGAAAUACUGGUAAAGCAACUGCCUUCUACAAUCCAGAUGAAAAUGCAGAUAUCGCAAGAGCCAUGGUGAAGAUCCUUCAACAGAGCCAGCAGGAGGUCCCUGAUUGGUUGGAUGAAGCUGCCAUGGCCAGCUAUGGAACUUCCAUUGGUGGAGGUGGAGGCCAGUUUGGUGGAAAGGACAUGAGGAAAGGAAGGGGUCGUGGUGAUGGAGGCGGUGGUGACUAUGGCAACACUAAUGGGUUUGGAGGAGGAGCUGCUGUGACAACAGGAGACGAUGAUGAAGACUGGGGUUAACACAAUAACCAUGGAAACCCAACAUCCCUGUGAAGAUACAAUAUAGUAACUAAGGGAUAUAGACAACAUGUUGCAUCUUAGCAACCAUAUACAUGAACCAAUCAGCUGAACAAAACAAUGAAGACGAUUAUACCGUCUUGGAAAUGAUAAAUUCUAGAACCAAUUUACAUGUUCAAUAGCAUAUAUAGAGUUAAUAUUAGAUACCGUUUAUAUUUGAUAUGGAAUUGAACAAUUGUCAUUCAUUUAGCCAUUUGUAAGGAAAUAAAGCAGAGUACUUACACUUGGCUAAGAAAGGGGACCACAUACUUCAAAAACAAGUGCUGAAUAUUGAUAUUGGUUUAAUCAUGCAUAAAGGGAAUCAAUGAUAGCCCUUCAAAUUUAGGGUACCAUAAUAAAGAUUGGUGUUGGAUAUGAAAGUAUGUGGUCCUUAACCAUCAAUGGACAAUUGGCUUGGAACUUGGAGCGUUGAUAACUAGUGGUCUUUUGAAAAAUGUGAUGGUCUCGUUGUUUGACUAACAGAAGCUGUCUACUACGGAAUUUAUUUUAUUUUAAAAAUCUCAUUUAAAUGAUAUGUACAAGUGGUACAUUUGUAUAUGUUUAAUGUUAGUCAGAUAAUGCAGUAUCAAAUAUUUAUGUUCAUUCAGGUGGUUGAACUUUUAUUUUAGUGAAGACUGAACAGUGAAGAGUUUGAAGCUCCAAUGUUCUGAUAGGUUAACAAUUAAAGCACAUGGGUGGCGAAUGGCAGUGUUAUUGCGAAGUUGGUUUGAAGAACAGUUACAGGUCUUCUGUAUAACUGAAUGUAAAGAUGAACUCGGGUAGAGCUUGAUUCAUAAAAUCGAUCAAUUGAUUUAUUGAAGAUAUUAUUCAUUAAAAUGUACUUGUCCAUGAGUAUUGCCAUGUUAUAGUAAUCAUGAAUUUUAAAAUGAAUCAAUAUGACCAAAUGAGAAAUCACUGAAUGCCAAUACCAGCAUUAAAUAAGACAUUCCCAGUGACUUGACUAUGCACAUCAAGAUUUUAUUUAUUUUUGUACAUCUUUUUUAAAUCAUAUAGCAUUUAUACUUUGAGUGGUGCUAAUUACGCACAUUUUUGGUGCGAAAAACAAAGUUGCCAUAUUGACAAGUAUUUAGGUUGUGUAUGUAAAUGAAAGACACUCAACCGACAACCAGUGAUCCGCUCACUACUGCUAUGAAAAUCCAUUUAGAAAAAUGUAAAAAAUAAGUACAAAGGGUUUGUCAAUAUUGUUUAAUCGAGGCAAAGUGUAUCAUUGUCAUAUUAUACAUAAGAAUGAAUCUCUUGAUAUAUUGAUUGUUUGUAACUGUCUCAAAUCUCAAUCAUAUACUGCUGAAAAUUGAAUUAGCAAGUCUAUUUUUCAAGCUCUAGUCUGUAAAAGGAUGGUAGUGUAGGUAGUGUAAAUACAAGAUCUGGUGAAACCAAUUAUCUAAUUUCUCCAAGACCUCCCUUAGUCCUUCUUUAUGAAGGGUGACAGGAAGGCACAUGGACAAAUUUCAUAACUGGUAUUUCGGCCAAGGGGAUUGUGCAAUACUAAUGUGUAUUCACGUCUUCAUCCAUUUCUUGUUUGCCAUUGUUGCCCCCAUGUAGAGCAUGUGGGCCAGCCCAGGUGGCCUAUGUACAUGUCAUAUUGUUAAUUUUAUAUUAAGCCAAAAAUGAAUAAAUUGUUACUUUUCCAUAAAAAAAUAA